AUGCCCGGCGGUCACGCAUCCGUGUCACGGCUCCUGGAGCUCAAUUUGCUCUCGGCGCGUGACCUAGCGACGGUUUCCAAGUCCAUGAAAACCUUCGCCGUCGCGUGGAUCGAUCAGGACCGGAAAUUGGAGACCCGGAACGACCAGACCGGGCAGAACAACCCGGCGUGGAACGAGAAGUUCGCCUUCCGCGUCGACGACGACUUUCUCGUCAGUGAGUCGUCCACCAUCACGAUCGAGAUCCGCGCGUUGACGAGGCGAGGCAACGUGGUUUUGGUUGGUACCGUCAGCGUCCUCGUCGCGAGCCUAUUUCCUCGCUCGUCGACGUCGUUUCAGAAGAGGAGCUUCUCCAAGAUGCGAUUCUUGACGCUACAGAUCCGCCGCCCUUGCGGCCGUCCCCAGGGCGUCCUCGACGUCGGUGUCGCGCUCCUCGACGGCACCAGACGGAGCAUGCCGCUCUCCAGCGACGUCAGCGCGUCGGGAUACGGAACCACCGACAUGAUGGACACGAGAAGCGACAAGGAGAGAAAGAGGAAAUCCCUCCCAAACAUGAUCAAACUGCGACGCUCCAAGAGCGACCGAUCGAUCAGCGAAUCGUGCCUUCUAAAGCCGACGAACGGCUCGUUGAUCAGCUGUUCCGAUCUCGGAAAGGGAAAAGAAUCACUCUGUUCGGACGUCGGACCUUCUCCGUCGGUCGUGGCAGCGGCGAUCGCCAUGGGACGAUAUCCGGCGAAGGCGAAGGAUUCCGGCGGCGCCGCCAAUGAGAUGGCGGAGAGCUCGAUUCUGGAGGAGUGGACGGAGGAGGACGAUAGCGCGGAAGGGCUAAAAACGAAGAUCGAGAGAUGGCGAUCGGAGAUUCAUCCAUUAUACCAAAGCCAAUACAAGAAAAACAUGAGUUAUCAUAGAGAGAAUUACAAUCGGUCAACGCAUCGGCGGAACGAGCCGGCGAAGAAGGAGCUGAGAAGAGGCGGAUCGGGGCUGUUCUCGUGCUUCGGGAACGCCUACGGUUGCGAAUUCUCGAUCACCUGUGGAGGAGGUAGUAGCCGUAGGAAGAGUAGGCUUGACGGUGGCGACGACGUCGUUCAUUUAAGCCUAUCGGAAAUUCAAUACAACGAUCCGUAUGAUCGUGUAUAG